GGGGACACCCUGGGUCCUGUGGGGACCUGCCACCUGCCUUCCAGUCCCGCUCGUGGGGCACAGGAGCUGUCACAGCCCAGUGUUGGCAGCGUGGUGCAGAUGGAGAUGCUGAGCCACAGCACGGAGCUGGGUGGGUUGUCACCCUGAGGACCACAGAGCAGGUGCCCUGACAGGUGUUCCUGGAUUGUUCACUUCCCGACCCCUCUGCUGCACCCCGAUGGAGCCCCGCCGGGGGGACACGGAGCCGGCGACAGCAGCCGCCCGGGGCACCGCUCACCGCGACACGGGUGGGCGCAGCUUCGGCCUCGUGUGGCAUCCCCCCGUCCCUCGGCAGGGCUCGGUGCCGCCGCAGUGAGAUGGGCUCUGCUGGUGGGGAGCACGGAGCCCCCGCCCUGCAGGACGUGACCGCCUCCGGGCCCGCGCUCGCCCUGGGAGCGGACGGCUGUGUUUGUGGAUGGGGUGGAAAACCAGAAGGAUUGGUCAAACGUCCCACAGGCGCCGGGCCUGCCCCUGCCCGCGGCUCGGACACGUCACAGACACGCCCGUGGGCCUGCGAAUGGUCAGCCGUGGAGGACAGCCCGGGGACACGGCUCAGUGCGGUGGCUGCCCUGGUGUGCAACAGAUCACAACUCAGACAACACGACGGCAAUGCUGCAGGAGUGGCUGGGGGCGGUGGGGAAGGACUAUCACUCGGUGGCCUGGAAGGUGCAAGAGGAGCCCAGCUCCUACCCUGAUGAGCUUGGUCCCAAGCACUGGAGUGACAAACGCUAUGAAAAUGUGAUGAAGUUGAAGCAGGAAGCUCUCACCUACGCCCGGGAGCAGCAAGCAGACUACAUCCUGUUUAUGGACACUGACAGCAUCCUGACCAACAACCAGACCCUCAAGUUUCUCAUGGCGCAGAACAAGUCAGUGGUGGCCCCCAUGCUGGACUCGCAGACCUUCUACUCCAACUUCUGGUGUGGCAUCACACCCCAGGGAUUCUAUCGCCGGACAGCCGACUACUUCCCCACCAAGAACCGGCAGCGGGUGGGCUGCUUCUGCGUCCCCAUGGUCUAUGCCACCUUCCUGAUCGACCUGCGGAAGGAGGAGACCUUGCAGUUGGCUUUCUACCCGCCCCACCCCAACUACACCUGGGCCUUCGACGACAUCAUUGUCUUUGCCUACUCCUGCCAGGAGGCUGGUGUGGAGGUCCAUGUGUGCAACCAGCACCACUUUGGUUACAUCAAUGUUCCUGUGAAGGCCCACCAGACGCUGGAGGAUGAUCAUGCCAACUUUGUGCAUCUCACGCUGGAGGCCAUGGUGGAUGGUCCCCCCAUGCAGCGCUCCAGGCACAUUUCUCUCCCACCCAGGCCACUCACAAAAAUGGGCUUUGAUGAAAUCUUCCUAAUCAACCUGGUGCGGAGGCCAGACCGGCGGCAGCGAAUGCUGGCAUCCCUGCAGGAGCUGGAGAUCAUUCCACGGGUGGUGGAUGCUGUGGAUGGCAGCACCCUCAACAGCAGUGACAUCAAGGUGCUGGGUGUGGACUUGCUGCCCGGGUACUACGAUCCCUUCUCCGGCCGCACGCUCACCAAGGGCGAGGUUGGCUGCUUCCUCAGCCACUACAAUAUCUGGAAGGAGAUCGUGUCCCGGAGGCUGGAGCGGUCAGUGGUCUUCGAGGAUGAUGUGCGCUUCGAGGCUGCCUUCCCAGCGCGGCUGCAGCGGCUGAUGGAGGAGCUGGAGCGGGCACAGCAGGACUGGGACCUCAUCUACCUGGGGAGGAAACAGGUGAACGACGAGGAUGAGGCACCUGUGAAAGGCGUGCGGAACCUGGUGGUGGCCGGGUACUCGUACUGGACACUGGCCUACGCCAUCUCCCACCAUGGGGCACGGAAGCUGCUGGCCACCAAACCCCUCUCCAAAAUGCUGCCCGUGGACGAGUAUCUGCCCAUCAUGUAUGACAAGCACCCCAAUGAGGAUUACAAGCGGCACUUCUCCCCACGGGACUUGCUGGUGUUUUCAGCUCACCCCCUCCUGGUUUAUCCCACUCACUAUGCUGGGGACAGCAACUGGCUGAGUGACACCGAGACUUCCACCAUCUGGGAUGACGAUGCCAAGAAGACUGACUGGGUUGGCUCGCAGAAGACACUGAGGGACUCACGGGGCAGUGCUGGCCACCUCCGCUCCACGGCCCGUGACGAGCUCUGAUGGGAUGAGGGAUUGUGAUCCAGCUGGGAGCACCACGGACCUCAUACUGCCCGCUCCCACUCAGGAGAUGCAGCUGCCCUGGACAGAGCCCCGCAGGGUUCUUCAUAUCUGCGUAUGACAAAUCCACCCAAGGCAGGAUUUGCCCCAGGAAAGCCUUUCCCUGCCAAGUGGAGAGACCAGAGGAGCGCAGUGCUCCGUCUCUGCUGAGGACACACCUCCAGGACAGUCCCAAGCGAUGCCACCUCUGCCAUCUCCCACCAGCCUGGACUUUGGGGAGUGGACUUUGGGCUGGCACGUGUGGUGGCCUCCUGCCACUGACUGGGCUUGUCCCUCAUGCCAUGCCUGGGUGGAAGCCCAGGGAGGAUUAAAGCAGACUGUUUGA